AUGAGGAACGCGGCAAGUGUUGGUCUUUGCGUUGGACUCUCCGCGAUUGGAGCCCUGGGCAACGACAUUCUUAAGCCAGAGGCCGAUUAUCGAGAUUUCCGGCAUUAUCAGCUUAGCAAUGGCAUGCACGCCAUAGCUGUGCAUCACCCGCGAUCUAACGAGGCAGGCUUUGCUGUGGCGGCGAAUACUGGCAGUUUGUACGAUCCUGAAGAUGUACCUGGUCUGGCCCAUUUCCUGGAACACAUGCUGUUCCUUGGUACGUCAAAAUAUCCGGAGCCUGAGAGCUACGAUGGCUUCCUAACGCAGAACGGAGGGGCGAACAAUGCGUAUACCGAUGAGGAGAAAACGGUUUUCUUCAACAAGGUCACGGACAGUGCUUUCGAAGAGGCGUUAGACCGAUUUGCUGAGUUUUUCAAAUCCCCUCUCUUCAGCCGCCAGUACGAAGAGAAGGAAGUUAACGCAAUUGACGCAGAGCACCAAAAGAAUAUCCCGAACGACGACGAGAGAGCGUGGUACACUAUCCGCUCUUUGGCAAAGGGGCCUAUGUCCCGAUUUGCUACUGGAAACUCGGAAACGCUGAGCACCAACCCCAAAGCAAAGGGGAUCGACCUGGUUGAUCGCCUACGGGAUUUCCACAGCAAGUAUUACUGCGGAUCAAACAUGGUGGCUGUCACUAUUUCCCCCCGUUCCCUUGAUGAACAAGAGUCACUAAUAAGGGAGAAACUUGAAGGCAUAUCUGCCGGGCAUGCUGACUGGCUUGGAAUGGUCCAAUGCCCCGGGCCCAUGUUCGAUACCGUCAAGCCUUUCGACCACACCAACAGUGGAAAGUUCAUCCACAUGCAAAGCUUCUCGUCAGAGCCUAGUCUCUGGGUUGCGUUUGGCCUUCCAGCAACGCUUACCUCUUACAAAAAACAACCAACCAGCGUCCUUACAUACCUCCUCGAGUACACUGGAGAGGGAUCAUUGGCAAAGCGCCUCCGCCUGCUAGGGCUUGCUGACGGAAUAUCCCCUGCUGUGGACAGGAAUUCCAUAAGCACCCUGCUUGGAAUAAAGGUGGAUCUGACCCAGAAGGGGGCGGCGCAUCGCGGGCUUGUAUUGCAGGAGAUAUUUUCAUACAUCAACUUCCUGAGAGACCACGGAGUUGGCCAUGAAUUGGUCUCUACAAUGGCCCAGCAGUCACAUAUCGACUUUCACACAACACAACCCAGCUCAUCGAUAAUGGACGAGGCGGCGCGCCUUGCUCACAACCUGUUAACAUACGAGCCGUAUCAUGUUGUUGCCGGGGAUUCGUUGUUGAUAGAUGCAGACCCUCGACUGACGAAUCAGCUCCUCCAAGAGAUGUCCCCGUCCAAAGCUAUCAUUGCUUUCUCUGAUCCAGACUUUACUUCAAAAGUGGACUCUUUCGAAACAGAUCCUUACUACGGGGUGCAGUUCAGGGUGCUCGAUCUGCCACAGCAUCAUGCAGUAGCCAUGGCCGUCUUAACAGCCUCACCAAACGCUUUCCGCAUGCCUCCCUCUCUCAUGCAUAUUCCCAAGGCUUCCGAGUUAAAGAUCCUCCCUGGUCUUCUUGGACUCACAGAGCCAGAACUCAUCAGCGAGCAAGGGGGAAACGCAGGGACUGCUGUAUGGUGGCAGGGGCAAGGUGCCUUUGCCAUCCCCAGGAUCACUGUGCAGCUAAACGGAAGCAUUUUAAAAGACAAGGCAGACUUGCUAUCUCGGACACAAGGUUCCCUAGCCCUUGCCGCCAUUGCAGAGCAUCUGCAAGAGGAAACGGUGGAUUUCCAGAACUGCGGCGUCACCCACAGUCUGGCCUUUAAGGGGACUGGUUUCCACAUGGGAUUCGAAGCCUAUACAGAAGGUCAGCUAAGCAAGCUCAUGGAACACGUGGCAAAGCUCCUGAGCGAUCCCUCAAUGGUGGAACCGGAGCGCUUCGAGAGGAUAAAACAGAAACAGAUGAAGCUUGUCGCUGAUCCAGCUACCAGCAUGGCAUUUGAACACGCUCUUGAAGCUGCAGCGAUUUUAACACGGAAUGACGCUUUUAGUCGGAAGGAUUUGCUCAACGCUCUUCAACAGACUAAUUACGACGAUUCUUUCGCCAAACUCAACGAGCUCAAGAAUGUUCACGUCGAUGCAUUUGUCAUGGGAAACAUAGACCGAGAUCAGUCGCUCACCAUGGUUGAAGAAUUUCUGGAACAGGCUGGAUUCACCCCUAUUGAUCAUGACGAUGCAGUGGCGUCUCUUGCAAUGGAACAGAAACAGACCAUUGAGGCAACCCUGGCAAACCCCAUCAAGGGCGACAAGGACCACGCCAGCUUGGUUCAGUUCCAGCUUGGUAUUCCUUCCAUUGAGGACCGUGUGAACCUUGCCGUCCUGACCCAGUUCCUCAACCGUCGCAUAUACGACUCACUUCGCACGGAAGCUCAGUUGGGAUAUAUUGCUGGAGCCAAGGAAUCUCAAGCUGCCUCAACCGCACUCCUCCAGUGUUUUGUGGAGGGCGCAAAAGCACACCCUGAUGAAGUUGUGAAGAUGAUUGAUGAAGAACUAUCGAAGGCAAAAGAAUACCUUGCUAACAUGCCCGAAGCUGAGAUGGCUCGUUGGAAGGAAGCAGCCCAUGCAAAGCUCACAAAGAUGGAAGCAAACUUCUCCGAAGAUUUCAAGAAAUCUGCUGAGGAGAUUUUUGCUCACUCGAAUUGCUUCACCAAAAGGGAUCUGGAGGUCAAGUACCUGGACAACGACUUCUCUCGAAAGCAACUUCUGCGCACUUUCGCAAAACUCUCCGAUCCUUCAAGAAGAAUGGUUGUGAAGCUGAUUGCCGAUCUCGAGCCCGAGAAGGAGGUCACCCUAAUUGGCGAAGCGAAGGCUCAAGAUGCAGCCCUUCUGCGCCGUGGUGAUACCACUGAAGAGGUGGUGAAGGCCCCGACGAAGCUUCUCAGCCUCGAGGACAAGUUCGUUUCGCAAGUGCAGGAAGCUAAUGGCUACUUCCCGGAUGUCUCCGUGUGUGAACUACCUCCAAGCCUUCUCUCACUAUUCGAACUUUUGGAGGACCUCUGA